GUUUCUCUUAUUGACCAGAACUGAGUUAUGAUGUGUUUGGGUAACGAAAAUUCAACUUUGCUAUCUCCCCAGAAAUUUCCUUCAUGCUCUGGACAUUGGAAGUCUGAUUAAUCUUCACGUAUAUGUUGAAACAGACCCUCUUCUUCCCAAUACUGAAUAGGUUAUGCUGUAUUGGUCCUGAUGUUCAUCAAAAUUGCAUUUGUUUGCUUUUUUUCUACCUUGUUUCUCUUCUUCACCAAUACCUCUGCCAUCCACAACACAUCAUUCUCACCAACUUGCCUUACUCAACGCUGCACAUCUGGUCCUAACAUCAGCUACCCCUUUUGGCUUUCCCUUACUGACCAACUCUGCGGUUACCAUGAACUUGGCCUUCUCUGUAGUGGAGGCGUCACAGUUUUUUCUCACAUAGGAUUAUACUAUACGGUACAAAAUAUAGACUAUGAGAACCAUAGCCUUAAGCUGCUGGAUCCUGACACUUUCAACGAAACCUGUCCAAAGGCACGUCACGCUGUUCCCUUAGGCAACCUACCGCUUACUCACUCCCCCUUGAACUUAAACCUUAGCUUUUACUACAACUGCACUAACUACCCUUCUGGUGUGCCUUCAAUCCAGUGUCUCCGUUCUGGGACAAACCAGUCUUUUGUGUUUGUGUCGGGGAACGAGACCACAGGUUUUGACUGGUCCGGGAACUGUGAGGAAAAGAUUGUGGUCACAGUGAUGAAGGAUGCGAUUACAAGUGACGGUGACUUGAUAAGCCAGUUUUCGAGUGCCAUGGAUAAAGGGUUUGUUCUUGAAUGGCACACUGCUUCGUAUUGCGUUCAGUGCGAGGCUAGUGGUGGAGUCUGCGGCUACAGUAACCCCGAGAAGAAGGUGCUGUGUUUCUGCAAGGAUGGAAGUACAAAAGACACUUCGUGUUACGCAGGGGGAAGCAGUUCUGGUUUGUCAAGAUUAAUUAUAGGUUUUAUUAUAGCUGGAGGAAUUGGUGCACUGCUGACAUGCGUCGUAAUUUACAUUUUUGGAAGAAAAUUGUCACCAAUUUUGUCAGACAUUCGGCAGGCGAGAAAGAUUGAUCGAGACAUUGAGGCCUUCAUCAGAAAUAAUGGACCACUUCCCAUAAAAAGGUACUCAUAUUCAGAUAUCAAGAAAAUGACCAAUUAUUUUGAGUCCAAACUGGGACAAGGUGGUUAUGGUCAGGUAUAUAAGGGAAAUCUAUGCAACAAAGCUCCCGUGGCUGUGAAGCUACUGAAUGCUUCCAAGGGAAACGGGGAAGAAUUUAUCAACGAGGUUAUAAGCAUCAGCAGAACAUCCCAUGUAAACAUCGUUAAUCUCCUUGGUUUUUGUCUUGAAGGCAAGAAGAAGGCUAUUAUAUACGAUUUUAUGCAAAAUGGAUCACUUGAAAAGUAUAUUCCCAACAAGAAUUUGGAAACUGAUCCACCUUUGAGUUGGCAAAGGCUACACCACAUUGCCGAAGGAAUAGCCAAAGGAUUGGAGUACUUGCACAGAGGCUGCAACACUCGGAUAUUGCAUUUUGACAUAAAACCAAGCAACAUUCUUUUGGACAAAAAUUUCUGUCCUAAAAUCUCUGAUUUUGGGAUGGCCAAGCUCUGCUCAAACACACAAAGUAUCAUAUCUAUGUAUGGUGCUAGAGGGACAGUUGGGUACAUAGCUCCAGAGGUGUGGAACAGAAGCUUUGGAGGGGUUUCGUAUAAAUCUGAUGUUUAUAGUUACGGAAUGAUGAUUUUGGAAAUGGUUGGAGGAAGGCAAAAUAUCAGCAUUGAAGCAAGUCAUUCAAGUGAGACAUAUUUUCCCCAUUGGAUAUACAAGCACGUUGAGGUGGGAAAAAAUUUAGCAUGGCAUGAAGGUAUGACCCCAGAGGAAAAUGAAAUUUGUAAGAAAAUGAUUAUUGUGGGAUUGUGGUGCAUACAGACAAUCCCUUCUGACAGGCCUGCUAUGAGUCGGGUGGUUGAAAUGUUAGAAGGAAGCACGGAUCAAUUGCAAAUUCCACCCGAGCCAUUCAUAUUUAGUCCUAUGAAAACUGAAGUGGAUAUUUGCACCACUAGUAGCAGCGAUUGAUUCUCACAUUUUCAGAACUUCCAAGAACUAUUGUAUAAUGAAGUUUCCAUUUCGAAAAGCAACUUUCCAAUACUGUUAAUGAUUGUGUAAAUAAUCGAGAUAAAGAAGCUUGAAGAGUUAAUUUACCUGUGGACUUGCUAAUUGAGU